AUGUAUGCGACCCGCGCGAUCGCAGCGGGGGAGCUCAUUGUCUCCGAGCGCCCGCUCCUCGUCGCCUCGGGCGCCUACCACUCCCAGCUCCAGCGCAAUGACACGAUCGCUGAGGCGCUUGCGCGCAUGUCGCAAGACGGCCGCGCGGCAUACAUCACGCUGUCCAACGCGUACGAUGCGGCCGUGCCGCAGCUCUUUGCGAUUUGGCAGACGAAUAACUUUGAUAUGACCCAACAUCUGCACGCGGCUGACCCGGAGAUGGCGGCCGAUGCACGGCGCCCCGUCACCACCAUCGGCAAGCUCAUGUCAAGGAUCAACAACAACUAUGGCUUCGCAUGCGCGGACCCUGCGGCGGCGGACGCGCGGCGCGCGCAGAUCCUGCAAUGGGAGCACCUACUCGACGACGACGACAGCGGCCGUGGUGGCGGCGCCACGCUGCCCGACGACCACCUGACCGCGCCUCUACUGGCCGUGCUCGCGCUCAUCGAGGCAGAGGGCGUGCUAAACACGCAGUUGCACCUGCUGACGCUCAAACGCCGCGCUCGCGCUCGGGGACCGGGACCAGCUCGCGGAGUAUGCCGCGCGCUCCGUGCGCGCGGGCGCGACGACAGUGUAUGUGGCCCCGCGAAGGACGGAGAAGAUGGCCAGGGACUUUUCGAGCCCCGGUCGGUAUCCGUUCUGGAACACGCGCGUGAAGUACCGCGAGCCCAGCCCAGCGCAAGGCUGACGCGCCCGGCACGACGCGGAGUACCAGGCGAAGUGAAAGGAAGGAUCAUGGAAGCACGAGGAACCGCUGGCGCAGGGGCAUAUGGAUCGGCGAGCUUGGAUGACGAACUCUCAUACGAGCGCUCGCCAACAAUGGCAGCUGGGCCAUGGAGCCACGCCUCAGAACAACACUUCUAGUCGAAAAAGCUGUAUUUGGCCAUUGCACGGGUACAUAUCAUAGGCCUGUCAGCGGCCAGUGCAUAAGCACACGAGACGAUGCACAAUGGAUAGCCAACCGUCGCCAGCAUCUUACGUUCUUCGAGCCACAUUGUGGCAGUAGCCGAGUGCUAUAUAGCCUGCUUCACUGCACAUCACCUCACGGACUCCCCAUCAUUCCACUUAUGGACGGCGUCAAUAGGUCAACUCUGGAUACUCGCCAACCUUGACAAGCACCAGAAGGCCAGCUUGGGCAGACACGAAGAAUUCUUCGGUGCAGCUCUCGUGUUUCUCGACAACUUUCUUUGUUACCGCCCGGUCUACCUCGCUGACCUUGAAGAUGUGCAACUUCCUGAACUUGGCGGACAGGCCCCGAGUGCCACUGUCUGUGCCACCGAAUCGCCUUCCGGCACAUCCCAGAACAAGCGUAAGUCAUCCGAUGGCUCUCUUCCAGACCGCGAUGACGGAGGAUCCCAUCCAUCGAAGCGUGCAAAGCAAACCAGCAUUGCUGCUAAACUCGCGCUCUUGUCCUACUCAACCACGGCGCCUCUCAGCACGCCGUACCUAUCCCUCUAUGGCAACCGACCCCUGGAACGACUCGUACACGAGCUCGGCGAUGUCGCGCGCAGACGCGAGCACAGUGAUGCACUGGUCGACCAUAUGGUCCGGGCACGCAGAGAGGUAGAGCACGCUGUGGGCGGCGGUGCGGCAGCGGCGCCUGACACGGAUGAGGGCGGAGAGGUCGUGCGGGGCGACGUGCAUGUAGACGAGGCUGAGCAGGAUGGGGAACAUUUUGCGCAUUAUCUGAGAACCAUUCCAGGGGUCCUCAGAUCACUCACGGUUGCCAUAUCCCUCCUACCAGACGAGCUUGUUGAUUGGAUUUGUACCCAUCUUCCUGAUCACGUCAAAGUCACCUUAUUUGCCCUGACAUUCCACCAACAUUGGCAAAUUGGACGCCACCACAUCAGGUCCCGCAUCAAAGAGUUGUGUAACUGGGCAGGCGAUCGACUCAUCUGCCUCGGGAGCUGCACCGGGGACCUUCCGCCUGGGCUACUCACAGCUGCCGAGGAAAAAGAGUUGGAAACGGGCUAUACAUCUGCCGAUGAACUAAUUGACGAGAGCGACGAUGAUGAUGACGACUAUGAUAAAGACGGAGAGAUCCACGAAGAUGGCGGGAGCCGCGAAGACAAUGCGAAGACAACGCGAAUUAGCUUGUAUGAAGUUGCGAGAAGACGCUUCACGGAACAAGUCAAUACUGACUUCCGCAACGACUGGGACUUGCUUGAGCUCAGGGAUCGCAAUCAUGGACACGAGGAUAAAUGGGCUGUGAGUAAUAUAAUGUUGUUCGGGUUUGGCGAGGUGCUCGGCUUGCGCUCAUUCUGGUCAGAGACUGAGCAGGGAUCAGAGUAUGACUGGGACUAUUGCCAUGGAGUAUGGGCUGGGCAUUGGUUCGAUAUCGUUCUGGAGCAAGAUCAUGAAAAGGCAAUGGAAAGGAAGGAGUGGACGGAUGUGAGCAAGAAAGUAUUAGCAGAGAUGGUCAAGUCGGAGGGAGCAAUGACCAUGUUUUAUUUUUUCAUUGGUUGCGAGCAGAGUGGCACAAACUUCACUCUGACAUUCAUUGUUGUAACAAUGAGCACUGGUCUAAAUCCAUAG